CGGCAGACGGCGCGGCGCUUUACGGCUGCCGUGCUUCUCGUCUCCGCCGGCAUGGAGGGAGAGGAGUUGGAGAGGGAAGAUGCGGAGCAGGAGGCUGUGGAAGGGAUAGAUGAGAAACCAGAGGCGGUGGAGGAGCAGGAGGAAUCCGAAGAGGCGGUUUGUGGCGCCAAGAAGAGGGUGGUGCCUGGUAUUGUGUACUUGGGCCACCUCCCGCCCCGCUUUCGGCCUCUGCAUGUACGGAACCUUCUCAGCGCGUAUGGCGAGGUCGGGCGCGUCUUUUUCCAGCCCGAGGACGGGUUCGUGAGGCGCAAGAAGAAGGCAGCGGCAGCCUCGACAGCGGGAGGCAAAAAGCGGUCCAAGUACAGCAAAGACUACACCGAGGGCUGGGUGGAGUUCCGGGACAAGCGAGUAGCCAAGCGCGUGGCAGCGAGCCUUCACAAUACGCCCAUGGGGGCCCGAAAGCGCAGCCCCUUCCGUUAUGACCUAUGGAACCUCAAGUACCUGCACCGUUUCACGUGGUCCCACCUCAGCGAACAUCUCGCCUUUGAGCGCCAGGUGCGCAGGCAGCGCCUGAGGGCCGAGGUUGCCCAGGCCAAGCGUGAGACUGACUUUUAUCUUCGAAGUGUGGAACGGGGACAGCGCUUCCUUGCUGCUGAAGGGGACUCUGCCCGCCCGAAUGGCACCUGGACCUUUGCCCAGCGUCCUACUGAGCAAGAGCUGAGAGCCCGGAAGGCAGCUCGGCCAGGGGGACGUGAGCGGGCUCGCCUGGCAAAUGCCCAGGACCAGGCUCGCUCCAACCGAGGGCUGCUUGCCAAGAUCUUUGGAGCCCCACCACCUUCAGAGAGCAUGGAGGAGCCCUGAGUAGUCAAGAACUCUUGAAAGGCAGGGAGACCCUUUCCAUCUCCUAGCCUUGCUUCCUGUCUACCUGAUAAUAACUACUGACAGUGAUUAUAUUAUCUUUCUAAGACCAGGAGUCUGGUGGGUGCUUAGGCAUAGAUGUCUUGUGGGGCUUGGUCCACCCUCCAACUCCUGUUGCCUGGCUGAGGCACCCAGUUCAUACUAGCAAGAGUAUGACUACGGCAGGAUGCCAAUUUUGCUUGAUUCUUGACUGUCUACUUCUGCCCAGUGAGAUCCUCUAAAAAUCCCACUUCCUGGGCCGAGGAAGAGCCUUUACUUCAAGCUAGAGUGAUAAAGCCCACUCCAGGCAGCUGUUCCACCAACUAUAGAUGAAGGGAAGCUGCAACAUCCUUUUUAUUUGAGAAGAUUAACAGGGCCUGGGGGUAAAGGGGUGGGACUGGGUUGGGAGCCACCUUCCAAGUAAAUGUAUAGAAAAGAAAAAA